AUGCUUCACGUACAGGAAUCUUCUCACAGCACAUUGCUGCUCGGACCGAUGCUUACUCCUCCAGUACAUCCUCAACCGACAACGUCGACGUCAUCGAGAACAACUCGGGUAGUUGAGCAAUUGCAAGACACACUCGACAAUCUUCAAAAAGAACUUAUCUCCACUCGCUCUCAGCUCGAGACAGCACGCCAAGCAAAAGCACAGAGCGAAUUGGACGCACACAACUAUGUUGAAUCCAACAAGAAAUACCGAACUGAUAUACAGGGCUUGAUGCAGACGCUUGAAGUUAAACAGCAGGUGCUCGACACGACCAAGAAGUCAUCAAUGGCAAUGGAAGCCCAGGUCAAAAAGCUCAGAGAUGAAGCCCUCGCAUCCCGCAAAAAGCUCGAAGAACUCCGUCGUAAAGAGCAGGUACUCGAACGCGAUCGGAAUGUCGCAGUUGCCGAAAAGGAGCAGACAGAGCGCCAGCACAUUGUAUUGAAGGAAUCGGUGGCACGUCUCAGCACACGGUUUGAGCGAGAAGCGGCCGGGUUACGACAGGACUUAACAUCAGUACAAGAUCAAGUCUCCCUCAUGUCUGAACGUGGCAAACUCAUUGCACAGCUGUCAGAGCAAAAGAUCAAGCAGUGUGCAGCAGAGCGCAAAGAAUUGAUAGCCGGACUGGAAAUUAUGCGUGUCAAAAUGCAAGAGAACUUACAGCGUUUUGUGCAACAAAUGCGAGCCGAAAUAGGACCUCUACUCGAUGAUGUCAACCAAUCAACUUCUACCACCAAAGACUUUGAAUACGCGGUGCUACGAUGCCGUGGCGAGGUCAAUGGUCUCGUAGCAAGAAUCAGGGCUUACACAGCAGAAGCCUACGGAGUCGAAUGAAUUCCCUCUUAUCCCUCACACUACCCUUCUUUUCUCUCCGUCUCUUCCUCUCCUCCACCUCCUUCUCUAUAAUAACUAUAUAGUAGUUUACAUACAAAAAUCCAUCCGGUAGCUCUACCAGACCCAGGCAGAGCAACAUAAUACCUCUUUUCUACGACCAUUCUAUUUUUCCCAACUCCAGAAACAGAUGUAAUGAGCAGACUUGUUUGCGUACUUAUUAAUUUAGUGAAAUCCUUAUAGUAUUUAAAUGUAAUUGCCAUAUUAGGGCAUGUACGUGCGCCUCGUUUCGAC